GGUUCAGGCCCAGGCCCAGGGGACGGCAUGAUGAUCGGAUGGGAUGGGGCGUCUGCAUUGGGCAUGCUGCAUCAGAAAUGGCGGAGCUCAGGCUUGCUGAAGCCAGGGUAAACUUCAGGGCUCUCUGCAAAGUAUGAUUAGAUCUCAAUCUCGAUGUGUAAGGGCUCCAGAAAUACAAGUAGGUACACCGCUUCGUUUUGGAAAAAGACCACAGAUGACAUGCUUCCAACAGGGUAUUUGUGAUUGAUCUUAGGCUGUUUGAGACGUUUUGUGGUCCACUUCUGUGAAUAUGGCAGGAAACACGCAAAUAAUAGAAGAGUCAGAAGGGGCGGCAAAGGGUGCAGAGAUCGCUGUUCGUGUAGCAGUACGAGCUAGGCCGUUGCUUGCAAAUGAGAGCGUGCAAGGUUAUAAAGAUUGCAUCAAAGUCCUGGUCGACUCGCAGCAGAUUCUUCUGGGCAAAGACAGGCCCUUUACUUUUGAUCAUGUAUUUAGCACAGCAAGCACGCAAGAGGAGGUCUAUAUGACGUGCGUAAAACCACUUGUGGAAGCGUGCAUUGCAGGUUACAAUACUACGGUGCUUGCAUAUGGACAGACCGGCUCAGGCAAGACGUUCACAAUGGGGACUGCGAAUUCCAGCUAUGUUCUUGAGGAAGAACUGGGCGUGCUUCCACGAGCAAUACGCCACCUCUUUGAAUGCAUUGAAGCAAGCAAAAUGAAGGCAGAGUUUUUGAUUCGAUGUUCAUUCGUGGAAAUAUACAACGAAGAGAUCAAUGAUCUGCUACACCCUGAGGGCAAGCAAAUAGCCAUCCGAGAAGGUGCAAGUGGCGAGAUUGUACUGGCUGGAGUUCGAGAAGAAGUGGUAAACUCUUAUGAUGAUAUGCUAAGGUACUUGGAGACGGGAAGUGUGUCCCGGACCACUGGGAGUACCCUGAUGAACCAGCAGUCGAGCCGCUCGCAUGCAAUCUUCACGAUAGUUGUUGAGCAACGCUUGAUUGCUGAUGAAGAUGCUGGAGCCGGAACAGAUUACAUCACUGCAAAAUUCCACCUGGUGGACCUUGCCGGCAGUGAAAGAGCAAAGCGCACGGGCGCGGUUGGUGUUCGGUUCAAGGAGUCGGUCCAGAUCAAUUGUGGGCUGCUGGCACUGGGGAAUGUCAUCAGCGCGCUUGGAGAUGACAAGAAGCGGGUAACACACGUCCCGUAUCGUGAGAGCAAGCUGACGAGGAUGUUGCAAGAUAGCCUUGGGGGCAACAGCCGCACCUGCAUGAUCGCUUGUAUAAGUACAGCGGAUGUGAAUUUUGAAGAGACCUUGAACACGUUAAAGUACGCGAAUCGUGCUCGGAAUAUAAAGAACAAGCCAAUUAUAAAUAGGGACCCUCAACAGGCUCUACUUGCACAGAUGAGGAGUGAAAUCCAAGCGCUUCAAAUGGAGAUUCUGCGCCAUAGGGCUACAGCUAUAGGAGGUUCCGUUGCCCCUGCGAAUGGAGGGAAGAUGGAACUGGGCGUGCCGCAGGAGCCAGAGCUGCCUCUUGGGGAGAUUGGGCGUGACUUUCACGCGGUGCAUGAGAGAGGCCUCCGCGCAGAGCAGGAAUGCCGGAAACUGAGGGAGGAGCUAGAAGCCUCUCAAGCAAAAGUUCAGAAGCUGGUCGAAGAAAGCCUGGAAGUUAGAAGCGAAAGGGACCACUAUCAGAUCCGACUGGACGAGCUGAACAUUGAGCUCAGCCGGCUGCUCGAAGGCAUUCCGCGUUGGGCAGAGGCAGGGGAGAUCGGGCCUACUGCCAAACGGGAGAUACAGGAGCUGUGUAGCCGGCUCAACAGCAAUGGGGACGCUGAGCCCGGGGAGACCCAGAUCAGCGGGCCCCCUCCGCGACCUGCGAGCCCCAGGGGCAAGACUAGGUUGUCGGAUCCGGCCACUGGGGACAUGCGGCGUGAAAGCCAUGCGAAUGGGUCUGGUCGGAUCAGUCGGCAGAACAGCAAGGACAAGCUGCACUCCCCAAAGCAAAUUGACAUAACCGUCAGCACAUCACUGGCAAGUGUUCGGAGCAGUGGAUCCAGGAACGUCAUCAGUCAAUACUUGCGAAACAUCAAAGAAUUGGAAGAGAAGUUGGCGGCAAAAGACAGGGAGCUGAAGGCUCGUGACGAGGCACUAGCCGAGGCUACUGAAGACCUCGCUCGAGAUGAACUUAUUUUCGCUGAGAAGAUCAAGGAGAUCAAAGCGGUGAAGAAACUCGCACGCGAUCUAACCCGUGCCAAGGAGGAGCUUCUGAGUCAAGCGGAGCGGGACGCUGAGGCCAUUGCCCUGUUGAAGCUGGAGUUGCAGCGUAGACAAGCCGAGACGACCCGCCUGCGAGACGAGCUUCAAGGCGGCGAGGCACUUCAGGGCAGGCCCGUGGAAGAAAAGUCACCGAGAAGUCGACCCGGGAGUCAGGAUGCGACACACGGAGAAAAUGAUGAGGGGAACUGCGAGGAUGAAAGCAGACUGUUACCCAGUAGGCGACCCAUGUCCAGUGGCGCAGCGGAAGAUGUCGCAGACGAAGCCCAGCGGCUCGUAGCACUUGCCGAGGAGAUCCAGGCGGACGACGACGAGACGGAGUGCAUCCUGGCGGAGAAGACGGCCAUCGAGGUGGAGAAGCGCCGCGUGGAGGAGCUGGCGCUGGCGCAGCAGCAGGACUACCAGCGGCAGAAGGCCGCCAUGGACAAGCAGCUGCGCGACCUGGCCUACAACAUCCGCCAGAAGGAGGGCCUCAUCGAACAGCUGGCCAGGAACGAGCAGGAAGCGAAGCUUCUGUCGCAGCAGUACGAAGCCCGAAUGCUGGAGUUGGAACAAGAGGUGAAAGCGAAGGAGGCGGAAAUUGACCAGUUGCGCCACGACCUCGAGUCGAUUGACAACAACCUGGCGCGGGGGGCGGAGGAGAAGCGGCGGCUACGCGAGGCGUACGAGGAGAAGGUGCGACGCGUGCAGCAGCAGGUGUUAGCGCUCCGGCGGCAGCAGCGCGACAACGAGAAGAACAAACUCGAGCGCCUCAAGGCCAAGAGCGACCACAAGGCGCAGCAGCUAGACGCGGAGGUCGUGCGCAUGCGUUCACAGCAGGACACGCUGCGGCGCAAGAUGGAGGAGCUGGCAGACAAGUACGAGGAGAAGAAUAAAGCAUAUGUAAAAGACAUAGUCAGUUUGAAGAAGGAGGCCGAAGUGAGUCAGAAGAAGAUGCGGGAGCUGGAAUCCGAGAAGUCAAAGCUGAACGCGAUUCUGCAGCGCAAGAGCGAGGAGAUGGCGGCGGCUCAGCGCAAACUGCGCGAGCUGGGGGCGGAUGCGGGCGCAUCCCGUCUGAGCCACCGCGAGCGCGUUGCCAACAACGCCGCAGGGCGGGCCAUGCCGCGCACCAGCAGGAGGGUCAGCGGAGCAGGGGACAGCACGGCCACCACUCCCAGCGCAACACCCAGGCCGGGCAGGCCGGGCAAGACCGCAGGGAUCACCGCCCUGGAGAUCAAGCGGCAUCAUGCAUUCCUGGACAAGGAGAUGGAGCGCAUGCUCAAACACAAAGAGCUGGCUGCGCAGGCCGCCAAGCAGGAGCGGAAGCGGCAGGCGGUGGUGGCGGAGCGGGAUGAGCUGGGCGGCGAGAAGGCGAAGUUGGAGCUGAAGAAGAUGCGCGCGCAGCAGGUGCUGGGCAAGGCGGUGGAGGAGAAGGGGGCGGCCAUGGCACGCCUGCGGGAGGAGUGCGACCAGCGGCUGCGGCAGGCGCGCGAAGCAGAGGCAGUGGGGCAGUUCAAGGCAGCCGACGAGAUCAACGACCAGGCGGCAGCAUGUCAGCGGCAGCUCGAGUACGAGCACUACUCGCGGAGCCGCCUCGAGGAAAAGUUGCGAACGCAGAAGUAUCUCCCGGAUGAUGAAGAAGAAACAUUGGCCGCCAUUGAGGAGAGGCUUGAGGUGCUGGAGGCGGAGGCGGAGUACCUGGCAGCGGAGGUCGCCAGCGCGGCCAAGGACGCGGUCGACGCCGGCGGCGCGGCGGAGGCGGUCAAGGGCGCCGUGGAGCGGCUGAGCGCACCGGAGAUGAAGGUGCUCCUGCGGCAAUACGUGCAGCGCUGCGUGGACGGGCAGGAGCGCGAGCGCGCGGCGGGAUCGGCCCUGCGCGAGGCGCAGCUGGAGGUGGCGGCCAAGGCUCGCGAGCUGCAGCAGGUGGAGAGCAGCCUGCGCACCAAGGAGCUCGACUUCGACCGCAGGCUGACGGAGGAGCAGAAGGCGCACGCGGCCAAGGUGCAGUUCCUGCUGCGCCAGAUCAAGACGUCAGCCGGCGUAUUCCCAGACAAGGACACCCCCGAACCCAGCAGCCAGGCAGCAAGCCGGCGCGCCAGCGCAGACAGGCCGCAGGACUUUGAGCGCAGCGGCGAGGACAAGGACGAGAAGGUGCAGGCGCUAAUCAAGGACAACUUCUACUUCAAGCAGACAAACCGGGAGCUCAAGCGUAAGCUGCGGGACAUGAUGGCCGCAUUAGCGGCAGAGCGCCAGAACCUCCAGGACACGUCUCUGCAAACUAGCGAGCUGCAGCGGGUCCAUCAGGAGUUGGAGAAUUGUAAGAGCGUGCUCCAACGGGCCGGGUUGAACUACCAGGUUCCAGCAAUGCAUCUACGCGAAUUGAGCAAUGGGGAUCUUGAAGCACGAAUGUCGUCUCAGAUCCAUGGCGGGUUUGCCUGAUGUAAGCAGAGGCACUAGGCUAAUUGGGGCAAAGCAUUGCUGCUUAGCUCAUCCUAGACCGUGAUUUUACAUGCAUUGGUUGACGAGGAGCUUACGCCAGCUGCUUAGCUAAUGCUUAAGCGAUCGAUAGUUUGUGUAUGCUGGUCGAUGAGGAGGUUGAUGCGGUUCUAGCGAGUACGCAUCAAUACAUAGUAUCAUAGUUUCGGGUCGAGUCCAACUUGGACAGGUACGGAGUUGCUCAAGUAAGUGACUGGCACUUCCAUGAAGCGGCGCCGUCAAAGAAAUCCUGGUGUCCCGACAAUUCGUUACAUAACCUGUUGGCAAUGCUUUCUUGAAAAGGCUUUUUCGCCUUAGCCGAC